UAUAUGUGUGUGUGUGUGUGCGGCCUUAAAUCUCUCUCUUUGGUCAUUGGUGCACACUUCUUCAAAAACACCCGCGAAUUCAACGCUUUUCAUAUGAAUUUUUUGGCUGCAUUUAAUAAAAUUUGUCCUCGAUGCUCGUCGAUACGGUUCUCAGAUUUUCAAGAAUGAGGCUUGCUAUAGAAGAACCAUCGUGCAGUUCUUUUGCAUCUCAGGUCAUUGACUUAAUUUCAGCAGUGAAGGAGCUGCAUGGGUUUAGCUCUCAGGAACUUCAUAAGCUGCUGCGGGACUCUGAAAACUUUACUAUUCACUACCGCACAGAAAAAAACUCGUUGAUUAAGAUUGAUAUGGAAAAGCUUGCAGGAUUUCUUCCCUUACAUCUUAUUGCAGUGCUUAUGUCAGCUGACAGAGAUGAAGCCCUGUUCAGAUACUUGUUAUCCGGCAUACGCCUCUUGCAUUCAUUAUGUGAUUUAGCACCUCGACAAGCUAAACUUGAGCAGAUUUUGCUUGAUGAUGUAAAAGUGUCCGAGCAGCUACUUGACCUGGUGUUUUAUUUGCUAAUUGUUCUCGGGGGUUAUAAGCAGGACACCCUUAUGUUUGGUCCUAUGCCCAUUGUGCAUCCAGCACUGGUGGCAUGCAGUCUAAAUCUAUUGACAGGAUGUAUAUCUUCGCAAUUUCCAGAUCUUGUCCAUGUAUUGCUUGCACACCCUAAGGUUGACAUUUUUAUAGAUGCUGCUUUUGGAGCAAUAUUUGUAGCCAUUAGGUUUCUCAAAAUCAAGCUGUCAGAGGAACAUCCUGAUUUAUGCAUGAAAUCAAGUCUGACUGCUGAACAAAUAGUUAACUAUAUCUGCCAGCAAUGUGAGGCUUCUGUACAGUUUCUUCAGUCACUAUGCCAACAAAAAUUAUUUCUGGAGCGCCUACUCAGGAAUAAGGAACUAUGUAAAAAGGGUGGUAUUCUAUUUCUUGCUCAAGCCAUCUUGAAGUUAACUGCCACACCUCAUUUUGUAGAGUCCUCCAGAAUUUUGGCUGCUGUAUCUAGGCUGAAAGCUAAAUUUCUAGCAAUUCUGUUGAAUCUAUGUGAAGCAGAAAGCAUCUCUUACCUGGAUGAAGUUUCUAGUUCACCAGGAAGUCUCCAGUUGGCAAAAUCUGUAGCUUCAGAGGUUUUUGGGUUAUUGAAGACCGAGCUCAGCAGAGAUCCCAAACAUCUUGCUGCUUGCUCUGACAGAACUUACCCCAUGGGGUUUUUCCAACUCAAUGUGAUGCGCCUAGCUGACAUAUUCUCAGAUGAUACUAACUUUCAAUGUUACAUCACGAUAUACUUUACUGAAGUUCUGACUGCAAUAUUAUCGCUUCCUCAUGGAGAUUUUAUAUCCAGUUGGUGUUGUUCUGAUCUCCCAGCAAGGGAAGUCGAUUCUACUCUCGAGUAUGAUUCAUUUGCAGCAGCUGGAUGGGUUUUGGAUAAUAUUUCAUCAUUGGAUUGUCCGAAUGAAAACAAUUUGGAAUUUACUUUGAUUCCUAUAAGCUUACCUCGGGCUUCUUAUGAACAUCAGAGAACCUCAUUAUUCAUCAAAAUAAUUGCAAAUCUUCAUUGUUUUAAUCCCACUAUCUGUGAAGAGCAGGAGAGGAACCUCUUUCUUCACAAGUUUCUAGAAUGCUUACAUAUGGAUUUAUCUAAAUCAUUUCCAGGAUUUUCCUUUAGCUCUGAUGCUCCAAAGGCUGCCAAUGUUUACAGGAACCUGCGGUCGUUGUUAAGUCAUGCAGAAUCUUUAAUUCCCAACUUUUUGAACGAGGAAGAUGUACAGCUCUUAAGGAUAUUCUUUAACCAAUUGCAACCGCUAAUUACUUCUGCUGAAUUUGAAGAAAAUCAAGUGCAAGAGGCACAGAGUCCAGAGGGAUACUCGUCACUUUUACAGAGAAAGGAACCUCCAAAUCUCAAUGACAGACAUGGUAACUCAAAGGAGGAAAUGUUUGAGGAUUCUGCAUUCCAAGAAAUGGACCAGUUUUACCUCAAAAGUGGGCAUGUGGAUCAUGUUGAUGUUGCAAUAAUGCAAGAUACAAGAGAAGGUAAAGGUAUAUCUGGUGUGAGAGCAUCUGAAGGUUUGAUGAAGAUCCACAGAGAUGUUCAGAAUGUUGAAACCAGUGGUUCAGAUACAUGUUCCACUAGAGGAAAGAAUGAUGUUGAUCAAAUGUACAAUGGUGAGUUCCUAAAAAAGAGUGAGCAGAUAAAUGAAAGUGAAGUUGGAGGAGAUACAGAGGACAAACAGGUCAAAACCAUUCAUUGUGAAGAAAAGCAGCAGAGAAAACGGAAGCGAACUUUAAUGAAUGAUAAACAGAUGACAAUGAUCGAGAGGGCUCUCUUAGACGAGCCUGACAUGCAGAGAAAUGCAGCUUCGAUACAAUCAUGGGCGCAUAAAAUAAGUGUUCAUGGUUCGAAGGUUACAUCUGCACAGCUUAAAAACUGGCUAAACAAUCGGAAAGUCAGGCUUGCCCGUGCACGCGCAGCUAAGGCUGUCCGUGCAUCACUGGAGGUUGAAAAUGCUAUUCCAGACAAGCAAAGUGAGCCAGGACUAGGGAGGUACAAUGGCUCACCUGAGAGUCCUGGUGAAGAUUCUUAUGCCCCAAGAAAGGCCGACAGAGAUCCUGAAAGCAUCUUGGGAACUGGUAAUGGCGAAAGCUCUCAUACUGCACAGACGAACUUAAUUGUUGUCGGCCGGGCAGAUUUUGUCCAGUGCAAACCAGGUCAGUACGUAAUGUUUGUAGAUAUGGAAGGAGAGGAGCUUGGUAAGGGAAUAGUGUAUCAGGUGCACGGUGAGUGGAAUGGAUGGAAUUUGAAAGAUCAAAAGGCAUGUGUUCUGGAUGUUUAUGAACUCAAGGUUGAGAGUGCUGCUCUUCUUCCUUACGCUUCUAAAGCUGUUGGCAUCUCCUUUGAAGAGGCUGAAAUAAAGAUUGGGGUAAUGAGAGUGCUGUGGGAUUUAAGUAGAAUCUUCACUCUUCGACCUCAAUGAGUGUACGGAUUCUUAGAUGGCUGCGGUGAGAGCUCCUUUUACUUUCAAUCUGUAAACUGUACAUCUUUUAGACAGGAAUUAUGAAUAAGUUUAGCCCAAAAAAAGAGAGAUAGGUUCAAUUUGAA